CAUACGUCAGAAAUGGCUUGUUAAGUUGUUAAUAAUUUUUACUUUGCUGUUUUUAUAUUGUGCCGGCUUUGUAUGGGAUAAAUUUUAUUAGAAUUUCGUACCUCUACAUAACUCAUUAAAUAUGUUGGUUCUGUUUGAAACCCCAGCGGGGUAUGCUAUAUUUAAGCUCUUGGACGAUAAGAAACUGAGGGAAACUGACAAUUUGUACCAUUCAUUUGAAACUCCUGAGUCUGCAGGAAAAAUAGUAAAAUUGAAACACUUUGAAAAGUUUACCGAUACUACUGAGGCUCUAGCUGCUACAACAGCUGUUGUAGAGGGUAAAAUAUCCAAAAGUUUAAAGAAAGUAUUAAAGAAGUACGUGGACAAGGAUUUACAAGAGCAGCUUCUGGUAGCCGAUGCCAAAUUGGGGUCUGCCAUUAAGGAAAAAUUUAAUUUGCCAUGUGUGUCAAAUACGGCUGUUCAGGAAUUGAUGAGAUGCAUCCGUUCACAACUGGACAGUCUAUUAUCGGGACUGCCAAAAAAAGAAAUGACUGCGAUGGCAUUAGGUUUGGCACAUUCUUUAUCGAGAUAUAAGUUAAAAUUUUCCCCUGACAAGGUGGACACGAUGAUAGUGCAAGCCGUUUCCUUACUAGACGAUCUGGAUAAAGAAUUAAACAACUACAUCAUGAGAUGUAGGGAGUGGUACGGCUGGCAUUUUCCUGAAUUGGGAAAGAUAAUAACAGACAACGUAGCAUUCGCAAAAACUGUUAAAAUCAUUGGUACACGAGAAAACGCAGCUGUGUCAGACUUAUCAGACAUAUUACCUGAAGAAAUAGAAGAAAAAGUUAAAGAAGCUGCUGAAAUCUCAAUGGGUACGGAAAUCUCCGAAGAAGACAUUAUGAACAUUCAGAAUUUGUGCGACCAAGUUAUAGAAAUUACGAAUUACCGUAGUCAACUCUACGAUUAUCUUAAGGCAAGAAUGAUGGCGAUGGCUCCCAAUUUAACGGUACUAGUUGGGGACUUGGUAGGAGCCAGACUGAUUUCCCAUGCCGGUUCGUUGAUAAAUCUAGCAAAACACCCCGCUUCCACAGUUCAAAUUCUCGGGGCCGAAAAGGCCCUAUUUAGGGCUUUGAAAACUAAAAAAGAUACACCCAAAUAUGGUCUUAUUUACCACUCUCAGUUAGUAGGCCAAAGCAGCACUAAAAACAAAGGAAAGAUGUCUAGGAUGCUCGCGGCCAAGGCCUCUUUAGCGACACGCGUCGACGCUUUAGGUGAAGACGGGAACUUCACUUUAGGCGCUGAACACAGAGCCAAGUUAGAAGCGCGCCUUCGAGUACUAGAAGAAGGCAACAUAAAAAGGAUAAGCGGUACAGGCAAGGCCAAGGCUAAGUUCGAAAAGUACCAGGGAAAAAGUGAAAUUAAACAGUAUGCGGAUGCUGCGGAUUCUACCCUACCGUCAGUAAGUAAAAGAAAGAGGACAGAAUCCGGAAUGGUCAAGGAAGAAAGUGGGGAUCAAGUUGGUGAGACGCCGAAGCAAAAGAAGAAGAAGGUGAAGAACGAAUUAGAGGAAUCCGUAGAAGUCAAUAUUGCAGAAACAGAAGAAACCCCUAAAAAGAAAAAGAAGAAAGUAAAACAAGAGCAGUUAGACGAAUCGGAAAUUAAAGAGGAAGUAAUUGAGGACGAAUCUGAAACUCCAACUGUUACGAAGAAAAAGAAGAAGAAGAGCAAACAAAAUUUGGAACAACAAACUGAGUUUGAAGAAGUUAAGGAAGAACCGGAGGAGCCAACUUCGGAAAAGAAAAAGAAGAAGAAAAAGAAGCAAGUAGAAAACGAAUAAAUCAAUACUUUGCAGUUUAUAAGGUACAUCUAGUACAGUACAGUUUUAAAAGUUUAUACUGUUAAAAGAACUAUCGAAUGUCGGUAAUUUUAGAAAGUGUGAAAUAUUUUUUACUAUUUUGGAGCUAACAUUUUUGGAAAUACGUAUUUUAAUUCUACCAAAAACAAAUCUUUUUUAAAGUGAAAUAAUUAAAAAAAAAACAGCGGCAUUUGUGAAAAUUGUGUUUUAUCAUUCAGGGAAAAAAGAAGUAAUUGAUUUAAUCAUUUCUCUGUGCUCUUAAAUAAUAAUUUCAUAAUUCAAUUAGGUUUUUUUUUAGG